UGGAGCCGCGGAGUCGAGAGCCUCCCGGCUAGCGGGCGGUGGGUCCGGGGCAGGGCCGGGCUGCAUCUGGGUUCCCGGCGGCCCUCCGCCAUGAAGCUGACUCGGAAGAUGGUCCUGUCCCGGGCCAAGGCCUCGGAGCUGCACAGUGUGCGGAAGCUCAACUGCUGGGGCAGCCGCCUCACAGAUGUCUCCAUCUGCCGGGAGAUGCCCAGCCUGGAGGUGAUCACCCUCAGCGUCAACAGUGUCUCCACCCUGGAGCCCGUGAGCCGGUGCCAGCAGCUGAGCGAGCUCUACCUGCGGAAGAACUGCAUCCCCAGCCUGGCAGAGCUCUUCUACCUGAAGGGCCUGCCGCGCCUGCGCGUGCUCUGGCUGGCAGAGAACCCGUGCUGCGGCACCGACCCCCACCUCUACCGCAUGACCGUCCUGCGCAACCUGCCGCACCUGCAGAAGCUGGACAACCAGGCCGUGACCGAGGAGGAGCUGUCCCGUGCGCUGAUGGAGGGGGAGGAGGUCACAGCCCCCAGCGGACAGGGCACGGGGAAUGGCGGGCCUGCGCUGUCCUACGCCCUGAGCGCCAUGGACACCACUGCUGAGACCCGGCAGGACACGCUGGGCUGUGGCCAGGAGGAGACGAGUGCAGGAGGCCACCUGCGUGCUGCCCACUGCUCUGCGUUCCCAUUUGCAUCUUCAGCGCCCCCAACCCUGGUGGGAGCCCAGCAUCCAGAGCCAACUCAGCCUGAAGCCACCUUCCCGGGACCGGUUUCCUUCCUUCUCACAGAGGGACACCGUGAGCAGUCGCAAGAACAGGAACAAUGUGCUGACCGCCGUCCUGCUGCUCCUGAGGGAGCUGGACGCCGAGGGGCUGGAGACCGUGCACCAGACCGUGGCCAGCCGGCUCCAGGCCCUGCGCAAGCAGGACCUGCAGGAGGACGUGGAGUGACCGUCAGUCGGAAGCCCGAGCUGCCACGCCUUCCUCCCGCGACCCCGUGCCCAAGCACCUGGGAGACGUGGGGUCCCUUCCACGGCCACGGCCUCUACUGGACCCCGGCUGAGUCCCAGCACGUGGGCUGUGUCCCAGGAAGUUCAGGCCUGCCUGGGGAAGCCAAGCCCUCGGUGUGGAUGGCGCCCCAGCGAGAGCAGGAAGGGCGUCGGGCACUGUGCCAGGUGCCCUCCUGCCCGGGGCCCAGGUGCACGCCAGCCUGUGGGGGGGGCCCACCUGGACUUGGCUCUUCCUGAGGCGGGCAUGGCUGCCACCAUCCCUAAUAAAUAUCUUACUGAAGUCUGAUCUGGAAGCAGGCGUUUCCUAGGGGACAGACAUGACGUUGACGUUGUUUUGAAGGUGAGGGCUGUCACUCAUGCGCGUUUCUCCUAUCAGUUCUCUGCCCCAGUUGUGGAAUAGGCUCUGUCCACCAUGGCCAGCUUCCAGAAUGGUGCGGUCCUUAGAGUGACUUGGCAUCAGCAGACCCACACCGCUGCUGCUGGCCGCCACCGGGACAUGUCGUGCAGCUGUUAGGGUGGGGGCAGGACUGGAGAACGCACCUUCCUUUUUUCUCUGCCUUUUUGAGAGCCUGCAGGGCCAGGGGUUUGUGCGGAUGGGUGGGAGAGGCCCGGGGUGGGCAGGAUGCAGGUGCAGCCGUGGAGAGGCAGUGGCUGGGGGAGGACACCUCAGGGAGAGCCACGGGCCUUGCUCUGAUGGUAGUGCUGCAGGCCGAGGGGCCUUCCUAGUGCUCCCCUGCAGCUGAGGAUGCCUCCCUGGGCUGGGGAGCGGCGUGGCCUCUGAGCCGGUAGCCGGUCUUACUGUGGCCGGGACAGGAGCAGGGUUGCCUUCACCCCCGCUCCGGUUGAUGGGGACCCAGAUCUGUGUAAUGUGUCCAUCACCGUGCUAGCAGAGGGGUGACUUGUGCGCCGUGUGCAAGGAUCCAGGUGGGGUGGCCAUGCCCAGGAGACGGUGCUGCCCUUAAAAGAGAGGCUGCACUCAGGCCAGCGAGUUUCAAACGGCCUGGGGCCCAGGAGGGCUGCUGGGCGCUGGGUGCUGGGCCCCCGGCGGGUGGUUGCUCUCUGGGGCAUCUGUGGUUCUCCAGGAACUGAGUGGCAGAAGCGAGGCGUCGCCAUGUGGGGGCGUCUGUGAGGGGUGGCCACCCGGCCGUGUGUGCACUUUCCUCUGUAUGUGGGGACAGGCAGACUCUCAAUAAAGCG